AUGCUGGCAACUCGAACGUCUCAGGCGGUAUGCAAGGCCCGCAACGCUGUGACCAAGAGCGAUCUCGGGCAGUUUUUUAGUUCACUGAUCAAGGCUGUGGUCGAGAGUCGUUUGGACGCGUCUCGCGUGUUCAACAUGGACGAAACAGCGUUUCAGACCAACAAGGGCUCCAAGAAUGUCGUGGCGGUUCGAGGCUCCAAGAACGUUUGGCACCAAGACGUUGCGCUCAAUUUUCACCUCACGCUGGUCGCGUGUGGCAGCGCGUCGGGGUGCAUGGUGCCACCGCUUUUCGUGCUGCCGGGGUUGACAGUCAAGCUCAAAGUUCUAGAUGGCUGCGCCAUACCCGGGGCU